AUGCUCCACCUACUUCACAUCGAUGACGACGCCAGCUGCCCGGUGUCAUCCGCAGAUGUGGCCGUCCACACCCAAAAGGACCCCACACUCCGCCAAGUGAAGUCCUGGAUCCUCAGAGGGUGGCCAGCGGAAAAGCCAGAGGAAAGGUUCAGCCCGUUCGCCAGGAAACAGGAGGAGCUGUCCACCAUAAAAGGCUGUCUGCUAUGGGGAGACAGGGUGCUGAUUCCAAGCACUCUGCAACGGCGGACGUUAGAGACCCUGCACAAGGGGCAUCCGGGCAUCGUCCGCAUGAAGGCCCUGGCACGGAGUUAUGUCUGGUGGCCCUCCAUGGACAGAGACAUUGAACAAUGGGUCUCCAGAUGUGACCCGUGCCAAGAAGUCCGCCCAGCGCCGCCGCAAUCCGAAGUCGCGAAGUGGGAGACCCCCAGCAACCCCUGGUCGAGGAUCCACAUUGACUUCGCGGGUCCGAUGCAAGGGCGACACCUCCUCAUCGUGGUAGAUGCCUUCUCCAAAUGGCUCGAGGUGGUGCCCAUGGCAUCUACCACAACAGACGCAACGAUCCGAGCCCUGCGCCGCCUCUUUGCCACACAUGGUCUACCGGAUGUGCUGGUCUCAGACAACGGCCCCCAGCUCACAUCCCUGGCCAUGGAGUCCUUCCUGGCAGGACUGGGCAUCCGCCACGCCCUGUCCGCCCCUUACAGGCCGGCCGGAAACGGACAAGCUGAACGCAUGGUCCGACUGACCAAAGAGGCCCUCACCAAGAUGGGCCCGGGGGACUGGCAAGAGUGCAUAGACAAUUUCCUCCUCACCCAGCACAUCACGCCACACGCCACCACCCACAAGAGCCCGGCCGAACUGUUGAUGGGCAGAAGGUUGAGGUCACCCUUGGACCGGCUGCACCCCCAAUACAGCCCGGAAGUGACCGCAACCGCCAGCCGCCCGCUUCGCGCCUUCAGCAACGGAGAUUCAAUUUUCGCGCUGAAUUUCAGCGGCUCUCCUAAAUGGCUGAAGGGGAAAAUUGCCAGCACAACCGGCCCCAAAUCCUACAUCGUCGAGUUGGAAGAUGGACAGUUCACGAGACGCCACAUCGACCAACUCCGAAAAAGGUGGGGGGGAGCACAUGAAAACCAGCCUGACGAGGGAGGCCUACAACACCCCGACGAGGUAGGCCUCCAACACCCCGGCGAGGUAGACCUACCACACCCAGACCAGGUAGGCCUACAACACCCCGGCGAGGUAGGCCUGCGACACCCCGACGAGGUAGGCCUACCACACCCCUGCGAGGCAGAGCAGCACCACCCCGACAAGGUCGGCCCAGCCCACUACCAGAUGCUGUCACGUCGGCAGCCCAGCGAGGUAGACCGGGGCCAACCGCACGGGGGAUGGCAACACCAACCCAGCCAGGUGGGCACCGGGCACAGCAAGGCCAGGGACCACCAACCCAGCCCGCAGGUAGACCGGGACCUGCCCAGAGGAGGAGCAGCGCACCCCACCAGUUACAGCAGCCUAUGCCAGCCCAGCCAGGGAGACUGCAGUUCCAGGCGAGUAGACCGGGACCCAGCCAAGACGGGCACCCCACGACCCACGGGCGAGGGUGGCACACGACUCACCGACGUGGGGGACCCCCGCCCAUCACAGAAGACAGCCAAGAAACGACACCCCGACCCGGAUGGCCCCAGGCACCAACCAACGGUAGACCAGGGACUAGGGGGAAGGGGAAGCCGACAACAACCCGGCCAGGGAGACCUGCACCACCCCGGCAGGGGAGACCUCCGCCGCCCCGCAGAGGUAGCGCCGCAACAACACCCCGACCAGGUCGACCACCACCGACCAGACGAGGUAGACCAACGCCAGCCCAACCGAGGGGACCAACGCCACCCCUGCGAGGUCGGAUGGCACAACGACAACAACGCAAGCCAGCACCACCCGAACCGAGCGGAACCACCAACCGAGCGGCAGCAAGCCGGACCGAGACCGAACCACAGCGCCCGGGAGACCAGGGAGGAGCAAGAAAUGGACUUACCAAGACUCAGACGCUCUUCCCGGGUCGGAACCGAGCAACCGAGACGAGGCGAGAGAUCCACAGGCCAGGAGGAAGACCACCAGGACCAGCCAUCCAAGGUCUGCGGUCCGGCCAGAGGCGCUGGGGGUGGCCCCGCUCACUCGACAGCCGAACCGAGCCCGGUUCCGGAGAGGGAACCAGGAGACGAAAGAGCCCCGUCCUUCCAGGUCGGAGACGGAGGAGAAGUGAGACUGCGCAGGUCAGCUAGGGUGCCGAGGCGUCCGGCGUACCUGCGCGAUUACGUGACUUUUGUGAACGAGAUUGACAGUUCGGACUAAGGGGGGAGGAGUGUUAUGUCCUUAUAAGGACAUCCGCCCUGAUUGGCUGCCAGCCAUCGGGCGGGAAAUUUGAAUCCCUGUCAAGGGGCGGUGCGUCUGCCGGGAGCGAAUAUAAGGAGAGCUCCGGCAGCGCGCCAGCAGUCUUGACUCGUUACUUUGUACUUAAUAAAAGUUGCUAAAUGUAUCGAGCUGGUCCAGUCUUCCUUUC